AUGGAGUCAGAUGUUGAUAGUUUUAUUGAGGAUGUGCUCGUUAAUGGGAAGCCUUGGCUAUCUGGAAUGCAGGAGGAGUUGGCGGGUUCUUAUAUGUUUGUUUGUGCUCAUAACAAACGGGACCGUAGGUGUGGUGUUUGUGGCCCAAUUCUUAUUGAAGGAUUUAAAGAAGAGAUUGCGUCCAAGCUAGGGUUUGAAGGACCAGGUAUGGCUAUGUCACACCUAAUGAUGUUCUUGAAUUGCUCGAUAAACGAAUUGGGAAGGGAGAAGUCAUUCGACCGUAUCUGGAGAGGCCAAAUGGGUGCGAAAGCUAAAGAAGACGAACAAGUAGAGGAGCCGAAGCAUGCCACUGAAACUAAUGCGAAUGUCAAUGACAAACAACUUUCAGAGACUGUUACUGAAGUCGAGACGGAAGGCGUGGGGAAGCUGUUGCCAGGGUGUUAA